AUGGCAGCGACAACUAUUUCUAUUGAACAAGACCAAUUUAGUUGUUCGGUGUGUCUGGAGGUUUUGACAGACCCUGUGACGAUCCCCUGUGGACACAGUUACUGUCAUGACUGCAUUGAAGACUACUGGAACAGGCCCAAGCAGAAAGGCCAGUACAGCUGCCCUCAAUGCAGGCAGGUGUUCAACCCCAGACCUCUGCUGAGUAGGAAUACCGUUCUGGGUGAAGUGGUGGAAAAGUUUCAACGGACCGGAUUUCAAGAUGCAGCUCAACACCAACCAACCAAAUCUGGGGAUGUGAAAUGCAGCGUCUGCACAAGGAGAAAAAGCAAAGCGGUUAAAUCUUGCCUUGUGUGCUCAGAGUCUUACUGUGGGACUCACUUGAGACUCCACGAAGAACAUUUUCAUGGGAAGGCUCAUAAAUUAAUCCCAGCAGGUGUCGAUCAGCUGAGAGAGAAGUUCUGCCCGCAACAUGACAAGUUACUGAGAGGUUACUGUCGCACUGACCAGCAGGGUGUUUGUUCCCAGUGUGUUAAAGACAGACACAAGAGCCAUGAUGUGGUGGUAGCAGAGGACGAAAGAGCAGCACAACAGAAAAAACUCCAGGAAAGCUCUUUGAAGUCUGUGCAGAAAUUGAAGGACUCAGAGAGGGAACUUAGAUACAUUGUCAGGUACAUCAAGACUCAAAAAGUAGGGUGCACACGAUUCCUGAGGAAGCGUUAUCAUCCACAGCACUCUACAGAGGCAGUGGUGGAGGAGAGUGAGAGGAUUUUCUCCAAGCUGAUCCGCUCCAUAGAGAAACAAAGCUGUGAGGUGAAGGAGCUGAUCAGAGUCCAGGAGAGGGCGGCUGUCAGUCAGGCUGAGGAGCUGCUGGAGAAAAUACAGAAGGAGAUAACUGAGCUCAGGAGGAGUGACGCUGAGCUGGAGAAGCUCUCUCACACUGAGGACCACCUUCAUUUCCUUCAGAAGUGCAAGUCUCUUCACUUCCCUGCAAAGACGGUGGAGAUGCCGAGUACUGAUACACUUCAAUAUAUGAUGUACAAAAGCAUGAGGAGAGCUCUGGCUGAUCUGAAGGACACUCUGGAUGAAACACUUGAGAGAGACUACAACAAGAUCUCAGAUAAAGUGAUUUCACUGAAGGAAACAAACAGUCAAAAUACCUCUGAAAAGACUAAAGUAAAAGAUACGAACAUACCCUACAACUCAGAACCAAAGACGAGAGGCGAUUAUCUUCACUAUUACCACGACAUAAUCCUGGACCCCAACACAGCCAACCCAUAUCUGUGCUUCUCUGACAGUCGAAGAGGUGUGACCACAAUUUCAGAGCUACAGCCGUACCCGGACCACCCCGAUCGCUUCACCAGCUGGGCCCAGGUGCUGUGUCAAGCUGGGAUGGCUGGACGCUGCUACUGGGAGGUAGAGUGGACUGGUAACGGUGGCGUUUCUAUUGGUAUCUGCUACAAAAACAUGAGUAGGAGCGGAGGAGGGAGCGACAGCAAGCUUGGACACAACUCCAAAUCCUGGAGUCUGGACUGCUCUUACUCAGUCUGCUCAUUUCAGCACAACAAGCAGAGUACGACUAUCGCUGCUCCCUGCUGUAAAAGGAUAGGAGUGUAUCUAGACUUCAGGGGUGGGAUUCUAUCUUUCUACAACAUUUCUGACACAAUGGUUUUACUCCACAAAGUCAAGACUUCAUUCAUCCAGCCGGUGUAUCCAGGAUUUUGGGUGGGAUUGGGCUCUACUUUGAAGUUGUGCUCUAUUUAAGUGUGAAGCUGACUGCACCCCAUCCAAAGAACAACAGAGACAAAAGUUUGUGCUCAAAGCAAAGCAUUUUAAUAACCGUGCUAGCCCGGAGCAGCAGCAACACUUUGGUGGGAAGGUAAAGAGGUGGAGCUUAGAUCUUAUUGAAGGCAGCAACGUCUACACUCUGGACCUGCAGAGG